AUGACUGAAGAAGGAGCAUCAAAUUUUGAGCUAAAAAAUGAUUUAAUAAAUCUUCGAACUAAUUUUAAUGAUCUUCAAAUAAAAUUUAUUGAAGAGAAGGAAAAAACUUUCAAUCUUGAAAAGAAAAAUUUUUUUCUUGAAAAUGAAUUGAAGGAAAUGGAUAAAAAAAUUCAAAAAAUAAAUUCGGACAAUGAAAAUAAAUCUGAAGAAUUAAAACAAUUAAUUGAAGAAAGUAAUAAGAAAAUUAAUAAUAUUGAGGAAUGGAUUAAAAAGGGAGAAGACUGUGAUGAUUUUAUGGAAGAAAUGGACAAACAGGACGAGCGAAUUUCGCAAAUGCUUGAUAAAAUGAAUAAAAAUAGAAGUUGA